AUGGCAGGCGAUGAAGCACCCGUACCUGCAUAUACCAUCCGAGCUGCCGAAGAGCAUGAUCUACUAGGAAUUAUGGGAAUAUACAACGAGCAAAUCGAGAACAGCACUGCGAUUGCAUUGGACGAACCCUUCGAUCUCGAGAACCGGCGUGCAUGGAUGCGCGGACUCAAAGCAGCAGGAUUCCCGAUGUUCGUUGCCGUACCCUCCAAUUUGCCGGUUACACAAGGAAGGAAUUUCGACGACACUUCGGUGAAAGCAGGAUCGACUGUACUUGGCUUCGCGUACUACGGUUCCUUUCGCUCACGCUGGGGAUAUCGGUUUUCCGUCGAGGAAGGACUCUACACACACAAAUCCGCACGUGGAACGGGAAUCGGCUCAGCACUCAUGACGACCCUGCUCGAUCAUGCAAAGAAGGCAGGAAAUGUUCAUGUCCUCGUUGCAACUAUCACAGCAGACAACGUUGGUUCGAUACGCUUUCAUGAGAGGUUUGGAUUCGAGAUUGGAGGAACGUUGAAAGAGGUUGUGUAUAAGUUUGGAAAGUGGCAGGAUGUGGUGUUCAUGCAAUUAAUCGUACAAUCAGAAUCCCCUGAGGAUAAAUAG